AUGUUGAAUGCUGAUAUAUCACAAUAUUUACAUGUUAGUGAGUCAACCGUAAGAUAUUGGCUCGAAAGGUAUGAAAUAACUGGAGAUGUAGAAGUUAUACAAAAACCUGGUCGUAACCGAUCAACCACUGAAAAACAAGACAUGGUUAUUCAAUCGAUGGUUGCUCAGCACCCUACCGAAUCUACUGGUCAAAUUGCAGCUAGAUUAUCGAAUAAGGGUAUAAAUGUUAGUAAAACCACAUUAAGAAGAAGAUUUAAAGAAGCUGGUAUACUGUCAAUGAAACCAACUUCAAAGCCAUUGCUGACCAGUGGUCAUAUUAAAAAAAAGAUUUGA